UUUUUUAAUGCCGACAGCCGAACGCACGUAAUUUCCGUAUCUAGUUACUCUUUGGCACGUAAUCGGCGAAACGUUUCCGUAGUGAACGAAACGAGUAGUUUUAUGAGAUUUUUCUUAUCGCUAGUGGAGAGAUAUGAAAUUAUUGUUGUUAUCUAAAUACUGUGCCGUUCGUUUGUAGGAGUGUUGAUUGUGAUGCCGACGUGUAUUGAUUGCUAGAGGUGGUUACUUGUGCAUUUGCAGCCGAUUUGUGAAGCAUCCGUUAAAUUGUGGUUUAUUUUGUGACAAAGGCUACAUAGAACGCAGACAUGCAGGCGAUCAAGUGUGUCGUCGUCGGAGACGGUGCCGUCGGUAAAACAUGUCUGCUCAUCAGCUACACGACAAAUGCCUUCCCCGGAGAAUACAUACCUACAGUAUUCGACAAUUAUUCAGCGAAUGUGAUGGUGGACGGGAAGCCGAUCAACCUGGGCCUGUGGGAUACGGCGGGGCAGGAGGACUACGACCGGCUGCGGCCGCUGUCCUACCCACAGACCGACGUGUUCCUUAUAUGCUUCUCGCUCGUCAACCCGGCUUCGUUCGAGAACGUUCGGGCUAAGUGGUACCCAGAAGUGCGGCAUCACUGCCCGUCGACGCCCAUCAUCCUCGUCGGUACCAAGCUGGACUUGCGCGAAGACAAAGACACCAUAGAGAAACUUAAGGACAAGAAGCUCGCGCCUAUCACUUACACACAGGGUCUGGGCAUGUCGAAGGAGAUCAACGCGGUGAAGUACCUCGAGUGCUCUGCGCUGACGCAGAAGGGUCUGAAGACGGUGUUCGACGAGGCCAUCCGCGCCGUGCUGUGUCCCGUGCCGCCCCCCAAACAGAGCCGGAAGUGCACGCUGCUGUAAGACAUUACCAGAUAGUGUUAAACAGAUGUCGAAGCUGAUAAAGCUGAUUUAAUGCAGCCUAGCUUAAAACCAUAGAGCGCACUCAAUAUCAACACAACGUGUCGCAACAAACAAUUGUGUGCUGUAAAAUGGACUGCAAUAUGCAUACUGAUUCACAAUGAAGGCAUACCGAUAGGUGUUACUAUUACUAUUAAAUACGCAUUAAUGUAACGUGGGUUGGUGUGAGUGAGGCCCUCCUGAGUAAUAAUGUAUCGCUUUUUUAUAUUGUCUGGAAAAUUUAUAUGACACUGACAGUUGUGGCUGUAUCCUUGUGACCUUUGCCAAGUUUCCCCGUAUAGAAAAAUAAAAUGUCUAUUGUCAUUUUUAUAAUAAGCCGAUAAUAAAAAUUGUAAUUAAAUCUAAUAUUUUAACUAAAUCUAGCCACGAUCUGUCAGUGAAUUCAAAUUAACACUUUUUCGGAGUAUAACUCAAAUUUGGGUGCUUUAUAGUAACGCGAUCUUUGCUAUUAUACAAAAUAAAAUAUACAUUCCUACAUUGUUGCAGAUGUAACCAUACGUUCUGUACAAAUUGUUUUUCGAUUUAAAGCACAUCCGUUCAUUUUGAUGUGGUGUUGGUAAAAUGGAAUUGUUCAAAUUUGUGUUAGAGCAGAGAUUUAUAUUUUUCGAUUUAUUAUAGCGUCUUACAUUAAUUUCGUCCCCGAUUAAUGUAGCGGACUCAAGUACAGAAUAACGAUAAUGGCUCUCCAUUUCUUAUCUAUGUGUAUUAUCAUAAAGUUAAUUGUACAUUUUUAAAUUAAGUGCAAAAAUAUCGUUUUAGAUAACGCUUUUAAUAAUCGAUGUACUUUGAGAUUGAAAUUUCAUCCAGAACUGGGCUGUGGCGUUGUUUGGAUGUUAUUAAAGUUAUUUUAAUGUUUUUUUUCAACUGAUUGUAUGAAAUUAAUUGUUGUAGAAUAUAAACAACCGUAAUAUUGUUUAGUUUUAACAAAAAAAUAUUUUUGAUUUUUUUUUAAGUUCUUAUAUAAUUUCAAAUCCUUGCUCAGGUUUAUGUUACAGCUUUUUCAGAAGGAGUGAAUGAACGGCCAAUAAUUUAGAUACAUAUCGUUGGUGGAAUAGUUGCUGGUCAGCAUCUUUCUAAGCAGUAGGCAAAAAUAAUGGCGGUAAUUUAAUUAUUUUGAGCACAUCUCACUUAUUUAUCAUUGAUAUUUAUUAUUCUUAUUUAAAAUAAUUAACGCUGUCCCUUAAUAAUGGUUGUAUGGAUAAUUCCGUUACACAAUUUCAUCAUCAAAACAUUUCUUUUUUAUAAAUAAACACUAUAGACUAUAAAGCAGGCCACGGCACCCAACCGAUAAAGCUUCUGUAGAUUCAACAACAAACGUUUUAAUUAAAAUAACUAAAUUGUCGCCGCAAGCACAGCAUUCAACGACAUUCAAAACGGUUUCCAGUCUUCAAAGGCUAUUGUGGAUUUCGCACAAUUUAUAUUAAGCGUUUUGUACCGACCGAGUCGAAAUGGCCGCGUCGCUCGACGUCACGUCCGCCGCCCAUUUGGUUUUGGUCGUUUACGCUGACGGUCCACUGAGAACGGGCCUUUAUAUACUUGUAUCGAAUUUACCUUUAACAAAUCUGUAAACUCGCUUUGAAAUUUUUAAGCCAGUUUUUAAUGAGCCUCGUUUCCAACAAUAAGGUCUUUUGUAUUUUUAAAAGCAGUCCAAUGAAUGCGGACCUUCCAUAAUAAUAUCUUCGUAAAUCAUACCUUUGUUUCAUUAUUGUUUUUAUUUGGUCAUACAUUUGGUUUUCAUCCGAGCAUACAUUCAUUGAAGGUUGAUUAUUCUUUGAAUGAUUAUUAAUCACCGAAAUUAUGACUCGUUCUCUGUGCAUCGUCGGCCCUACGGGAGGAAUUUCGCUGUAUAUGUGAUAAACGGGUUUAGGCUUUAAUUGACCGUCGCAUUUAUAAAGUACGCAUUCAAUUGUGGACAUUAACGUUUUUUAUCGAUUUUAAAAUGGUACGAUCGUUUUUUAAAACGUUGAUUUACCGUUUUUUUUUUAUAUUAAAAAUGAAAUUGAUGUAUUGGAUUAUUGAUGUAUGUAAUUUUUUUUUAUUGGUCAUAGCAACACUGAAAUGUUAUCGUUUAAUUGCUAAGUACAGAAAUAUUUUAAUAUGGAUUUUUUUUCGAUAACCCAAACGUACAACACUAGCGAUCUCUUUGUUUAGAUUAUAAGUCGGUAUGUAACUAAUCGUUUUAACUUACGGUAGUGGAUAUGUAUAAAAUCAUUUUAUUUGCCAGUGCGAUGUUAGUGUCUAACAUCUGAAUGCGUACAAUCUACACGGCCUUAUGCAUAUUAGGAAAACCUUUCUCUUACACUCGCCUAAUUUCACAUUUAUCGUAGAUCAAUCGUACAGCUAUUUUUUAAACAAACAAAAAAAAUGGCACUAAGUUAAUUAAUGUCUAAAUCCACUCCUUAUAUUUUAUAAAUGUUAAAGUAAGGUGAAAUAGUACAUGUAAGUUUUGAGUUUAAGAUGUGUGCAAUUGUUGUUGCUUACAACACGCACAUUUACGUUUGAUCAGCUUGAUGCCAUAGACAAAUUAUUUUUUUUGAGUAUGUUUGACGUUUCGUUUUUUUUGUCGAUAAAGCUCGAACAAUUGCACAGAACAUCCCUAGCCAUAAGAUUUUAAUGUACGUAUUGUUCAGAUGCAAAUAUUUAGAAGAAUCAACAUGUAAAUAACGGUAACUAGUAUUAUACAAAAAUGUAAAGCGACCAUUAAUUAUUCGUGUAUCAUAUUUAUGAUAUGCUUAACUGAUUCGUUUCAAUGGGGGGCUUUGAAUUAAUCGUAGACUAAUUUUGAUGAGAUGUUAUUUUUUUUUAAAUUCUUGCACACUUGAGUAUUGAUCUAUGGAUCCGGGCUCAUGCGUGGGCGUUUUUUUGUUGUUCAUUUCCAGUGACAGGUAUCGAUUUGAAAAUGUGUUUAAAUUUUAGAAACGAUUGUAAUUUUUACCUUAUUGUUACGCAUUUUAGUAUCGAUUGGUGUAGUUACAAUGUACGUCGCAUUGUUAAUUGUUUGUAUUAUUAAAAGAAAUGUAUAACUAAUUUAUCCAAAUGUCGCGUAUGAAGUGUAUUCAGCAUUCUGGGCUUUUUCAAACUAAAAUAACAGCUUGUAUAAUAUUAUUUUUAUACAAAUUGAAGUAUAUAUUAAUGGAGAUGCGCUGUGUCUAAUCCGAUUGAUAGGUAAUCGCUGAGAAAGUAAAUUCUUCCAAAUAUUGUAAAGCCUCUGAAUAAUUCAAAUUAUAUUUAUAUUAACUGUUCAA